UUCAGCCAACUGGUUUUCGCUUCCUCUGAACCUUCAAAGAAUAACCAACUCCCAAAAGAUAUAUACCAUUUUUAACUGACUUUUGUCAGUGUCUUCCUCUUUUUCCCUCCCCCUCCUCUGCAUCGUCUUGUCCCUACGCUGCAUCUCUUCGACUCCCCAAAUGUAGAAAAGGUUCUUUCUUCCUCUGGCUUAUUGGAUAAUCUGAGAAGACCUCGAUAUUUUAACCAUGUCCGUCGAAGAGAGCAGAGGAGAAACAGGGGAAACCCCAGAUAUACAAACGCCAGAACCUCAUAUUUCUACCAAGAAGCAGGAAGUUUCCGACGAUGACGAGUCUUCCCCGAGAGGUGUGCUGGAAAUCCCUGUUUUGGGUGCCACGGAAUCGGACCACACCGGGAGCAGCAGUUUCAGCUCGUGUAUCUCUCCCACGCAGAAACCGGCGCCGACUCCUCAGCUCCGAGAGAGCCACGGUGGGUCGCAGUGGAAGUCCGUGAUCGAGGCCUUGAAGAGGAAAUCCAUGAGGUUCUCCAUCAUUCCCUUGCUGUCUGCGAGCCACGAGUUUUCCGCGAAAAAUCUGAGCAGGAAGUUGGGUUGGAUUCGGAGCGCCGAGGACGGGAUUGACAACGAUGGGAUUCCCAGACCCAAGCCGUCUUGGAGGAGCUUUGAUUAUGCCGAGCUAGCAGCCGCUACGGAUAAUUUCAGUUCCGAGAACAUGAUUGGGAAAGGCGGGCAUGCUGAGGUAUACAAAGGAUGCUUAUCUGAUGGUCAAGUUGUAGCAGUAAAAAGGCUAACAAAGAAAAAGAAGGAAGAGGAGGAUAGAAUUAGUGAUUUCUUGUCAGAGCUUGGGAUUAUUGCUCACAUAAACCAUCCCAAUGCUGCUCGAUUGCUUGGUUUUGGGAUAGAUGGGGGUCUGCACCUCGUCCUUCAGUUCUCCCCGCAUGGCAGCCUUGCUUCUGUGCUAUUUGGUUCAUCUGAGUGUCUGGAGUGGAAGAUAAGGUUUAAGGUGGCUAUAGGGGUAGCGGAAGGAUUGGAUUAUCUUCAUCACAAUUGCCAUAGACGCAUUAUUCACAGAGACAUCAAAGCCUCUAAUAUAUUGCUCACCCAAGAUUACGAUGCUCAGAUUUCUGAUUUCGGACUCGCAAAGUGGCUGCCAGAAAAAUGGGCUCACCAUGUUGUCUUUCCAAUCGAAGGCACAUUCGGGUACCUGGCCCCAGAGUAUUUUAUGCAUGGGAUUGUUGAUGAGAAAACUGAUGUCUUUGCAUUCGGGGUACUAUUACUGGAGCUCAUUACUGGUCGACGUGCCGUUGAUUCAAGUCGACAAAGCCUUGCCAUAUGGGCAAAGCCGCUGCUGGACACUAAUAAUGUCAAGGAAUUAGCAGAUCCACGAUUAGGAGAUGCUUACGAUCCCAGCGAGAUGAAACGUGCCAUGUACGCGGCUUCAAUGUGCAUCCACCACUUAUCCUCCAUGCGUCCGCAGAUGAACGGAGUUGUGCAGAUACUCAAGGCAGAAGAAGAUGGACCACUUGAACCAAAAACAAAAUCAGUGGCAGCAAGAUCACUCGUUUUUAAUGCUUGUGACCUGGAAGAUUAUACUUCCACCACUUAUCUCAACGACCUCAAUCGCCACAGGCAACUUGUGAUGAUGGAGUAAUUCCUAAGCCAUCUGUUCUGCAGUGUUUUUACUUGUUCCUACUGUGUAAGUUGGGAAAAAGAAAAAAUGGUAUGGCCCUGCUGCAGUUGUUUUGUUCCUUCCUGAAAAACACUACAGAUCAGAAUGGUGAAGCGGCGUUCAAAUUUCCAUAAUCACUGGAAAGAAAACUCGCCCAACCAGACACAGAUAAUUGUGUACUACGUUGUAUUGUGUCUGUACUGCUGCAAUUAUCAAAAUUGGAAACCCCAUUUAUAUGUAAGUUUCCAUGUGUUUGGUAUAAUAUACUGCACAAGAAUAAACAUUUAAAUACGUAAAA